AUGCCUUCACCGCAGAUCACCUUGACCUUCCCGGCUCACCUCAAGCUUGAACCAGUCACCUUGGAGACUGGUUUAUUCAUCAACAACCAAUUCGUCGAAUCAGCGGACAAAAAUACCUUUGAAACGCUCAAUCCGACCAAUGGAAAAUGCAUCGGCUCGGUUUCAGAAGCAAAAGCUAAAGAUGUCGAUAUCGCCGUCAAAGUUGCCUCAGAAGCUUUCGAUAAAGUCUGGGGGCUGAAGACCCCAGGCGCCCAGAGAGGCAAACUGCUGAUGCAUUUGGCGGACAAGAUCGAAUCUCAUAUGGAUACCUUUGCAGCUAUUGAAGCUAUGGAUAAUGGCAAGACUUUCGCAAUGGCUAAAGGUUUUGAUGUUGCCGAAGCAGCAGCUUGCUUGAGAUAUUAUGGUGGUUGGGCAGACAAGAAUACCGGCCAGACAAUUGAAGUUAACGAGUCCAAGAUGGCCUUCACCAUUCAUGAACCAAUUGGCGUGGUCGGCCAAAUCAUUCCUUGGAAUUUCCCGCUAUACAUGAUGUCGUGGAAAUUGGGGCCAGCAUUAGCGACCGGAAACACGGUGGUACUAAAGCCGGCUGAACAAACACCAUUGACAGCACUGUACCUAUGCCAAUUUAUCCGAGAGAUUUUCCCGCCCGGCGUGGUCAACGUUCUGCCCGGCUUUGGGCCGGGAGCUGGCCAGCCUAUCGUAGAACAUCCCUUGGUCGAGAAGAUCGCUUUUACCGGCUCGACCGCCAUCGGCAAGCAAAUCCUCGCUCAGUCCGGCAAGACCAACCUCAAAAAAGUCACACUCGAACUCGGCGGCAAAUCUCCUAAUAUUAUCUUUGAUGAUGCGGACUUCGACCAAGCCGUCAAAUGGGCUCAGUUUGGCAUAUUCUUUAAUCAUGGACAAUGUUGUUGUGCCGGGUCGAGAGUGUUUGUCCAGGAGGGUAUCUAUGACAAAUUCGUCGCUGCUUUGAAGGAGAACCUCAAAAGUCUCAAGGUUGGUGAUCCGUUCGAUCAGGACACAUUUCAAGGUCCCCAAAUCUCUCAACUUCAAUACGAUCGAAUCAUGGGUUACAUCAAAUGUGGUAAAGAAGAGGGUGCGACCUGUUUGCUCGGAGGUGAUCGGCAUGGUAAAGAAGGCUAUUUCAUACAACCCACGAUUUUCACUGAUGUGAAGCCAGAGAUGAAGAUCCACAAGGAAGAGAUUUUCGGGCCGGUAGUGGUGGUGAUGAAGUUUAAAGACGAGGAAGAUGUAGUCAGACAGGCGAACGACACCAUCUAUGGGCUUGCUUCAGCCAUCCAUACCACCGAUAUUACCAAAGCUCUUCGAGUAGGCAAACGAAUCAAGGCCGGCACGGUCUGGAUCAACUGCUACAAUCGGAUUGUCAGUCAGGUGCCCUUUGGCGGCUACAAGGAGAGCGGAAUUGGCCGCGAAUGUGGAAGCUACGCGUUGUCAAACUACACAUCGGUUAAAUCGAUUUUCAUCAACAUGAGUGAAAAGCUUUAA